UCAACUCACACACACUUUCAUCUCUCUCUAUUUCUGCUGUGCUUCUUCGACUUUAUCAUUGUUGCUGAUUUGCCUUUUAUCUUGGUAAGAAAAGAGGAACUUCAAGUUGCGUAGCUGAUGGAGUCUAGGAAUACAAAUAAAUGUUCAUAUGCACAAAAAAGGAAGACUGCAAUGCAACUUAAACGACGUGAUACGUAUAACCAAAUAUCUGCUCGUAGAAGGGAAGCAUUGUUACUAUCACGACGUAUGAGAAAACAAGAUUCUGGAAAACAUAGGCUUCUUGAAGAUCCCAUUGUUGGUGGCUUAGAACAGGGAACACCAUCUUGGUACAAGGGAGGAUUUCCAAAACAAACUGCUCUUACCAUACGAGAACCUGCUGGCCUACUUCAAAAAGGUUAUAUUUUUAGUCAUUUUUAGCUACCAUAUAUUGUUAAUGUACUGCUGCACACUUAUUUUUAUAGAAGAUUGUAUGACCACUUAUUUGUCUUAAUUGAAUUAAAUGAGAUAUGCAAUAUUCUGUGCUCUUUAUCGCUUUGUUUAGUGCCUAUUAACGCUUUACUGUAUACCUUUAAACAUCAUAAGGAUCUUUUGACAGUAGAUGGAGAGCCUUGUAGUACUUUUAGAGAGUCUGUAGAGAAAAGAGGAUUGUUACACUGUGAUUACAACUUGAUAGAGUGUAUGUCUGAAGCUGCAAGUUACCAAAUGCCAUAUAGUUUAAGGCGUUUAUUUGCUACAUUAUUGGUAUAUUGUGGUCCUGCUAACCCUAGAAAAUUAUGGGAGCAAUUUGAGGAAUCAAUGACCGAAGACUACAAAGUGUUGCAAAUUACUAAAAGAAGUGAAAUCCGAUAUCAAGUUUUGAAUCAUAUCAACGACAUUCUACAUUCUAUAGGUCAUGAUAUAAAUGAGUAUGAACUCAUUUCAGAAACUAUUAGGCCUUCUCUCGCAGCAAAAGAGGCAAAAGAGAUUCAUUUUGAAAGAUCUAUUACUGUCAGUGAAGACGACGUGUUGUUACAUAGGAAAUUAAACAAAAAUCAACUCAUUGCAUAUAAUAUGAUUACUGAAAGGAUAUUUUCGAACAAAGCGGGUGCCUUUUUCGUGGAUGGUCCAGGAGGAACAGGGAAAACUUUUUUAUACCAUGCUUUAUUAGCAACUGUACGAUCUAUGGGAUAUAUAGCUUUGGCAACAGCUACUUCUGGUGUUGCUGCUUCUAUUCUUCCAGGAGGACGUACUAGCACAUUCGCGUUUCAAAAUUCCUAUUGACACUGAUGAAAAUACCAGUUGUAACAUUAGCAAAGAAAGCUCACUUGCGGGUUUAAUACGCGAUGCAAAAUUGAUUGUAUGGGAUGAGGUAUCUAUGGCCAAAAAGAAAAUGUUGGAAGUUUUUGAUCUACUAUUAAAAGAUCUAAUGGAUACAAAUGCAGUAUUUGGCGGAAAAGUUGUAGUUUUCGGAGGUGAUUUCAGACAAACUCUUCCUGUUGUACGAUACGGAAAAUAGAAGAUUUCAUUAGCGAAAGUUUGUUAUAUUCUAGCAUUUGGAAUGAACUUGAAAAAUUAAAGCUAUCUGAAAAUAUGAGAGCAAAAACAGAUGCUGCAUUUUGUGAUUAUUUGCUAAGAAUUGGAAAUGGACAAGAACAAGUAAAUUCAGCAAACAAGAUUGAAAUUUCAGAUUCAUUGAUUAUUCCUUGCACAACCGAAAAAGAAUCUCUAGAUAAAUUAUUCACAGCGACAUAUUCAAAUUUGGAUUCGUUAUACUCUAAUUCAUUCUAUACAGAUUCCCGUGUGAUCUUAACAACAAAAAAUGAUUUUGUCGAUGAAAUUAAUGACAUGCUUAUUGAUCGGUUCACUGGAAAAUCAAAAACAUAUAUUGGCACCGAUGAAGCGAUUGAAUUUAACAAUCAAACACAAUUCAAAGAUCUAUUGCACACUUUAAAUCCUCCUGGUUUGCCCCCUUAUAAAUUAUGUUUGAAAGAAAAUUGUCCAAUUAUAUUAUUGAGAAAUUUAAAUCCAUGUGAAGGUUUGUGUAAUGGCACGCGAUUGAACUGCUGUGAUUUUAAAAGUCAUAUUAUCAGUGCUAAGAUUAUGACAGGUGAUUUCAAGAAUAUGCAUGUGUUUAUACCGAGAAUACCAUUAUUAUCAUCACAAGAUGAAAAGAUGCCAGUUCAAUUUAAAAGAACACAGUUUCCUGUUAGACUAUGCUUUGCUAUGACAAUAAAUAAAGCACAAGGACAGACUUUAGAUUUUGUUGGAAUUUAUUUGCGAGAACCUGUAUUUUCACAUGGUCAGCUUUACGUUGCCUUGUCGAGAGCAAAGAGUUCAAAUUGUGUGAAAUUAUUGAUCCGACCGUCUACGCCAACUAGCCAUGACGAUCAUUCUACAUCUAAUAUUGUUUAUGAUGAAAUCAUUAAAAAGGCAGCUGCUUGAUGUCUUCGAUAUACGUUAUUUUCACAGGUACUUUGUUGUUGCCCUGUGUACCCAUUUUUCUGACAUGCUUUUAUGCUCUCUGAUUGCAGUUGCUCCGUCUACCUUUGAGAAGAGCACGUAUUACUUUAGAUUUUGGGUGAAUGGUGAACAAUCAAAGAUUUUCGCAUAUGACAAAAAUUAUCCACAAUAUUAUACUUUGAUACUCUUUCCUUUUCCUGCUUUGUUUCUGUGCUAAUUAAAUAUCUUUUAGCUGAUAAGUUAAUUUAACUGUUGUUCUCUAUUUGACAGAUACCUCAAUUGAGGAAGAGACUCCCACCCUCGAUGAUGUCGAUAUAUCAUGUAUUUGAGAUAUGAAUUUGGAAUACCAGCUUGCUGAUUCAAAUGGAAAAAAUUGUGGCACUGAUAUAUUAAAAUUGUCUG